AGGGCAGAGGUAGACCAGAGCCAUUAUUGCUAUAUUAAACAAAGUAUUGACGCUAUUUUUCUUUGUUCGAACCAACAUUUUGUGGUGAAUCGAAAUGGAAUUGAUAUUAUUCUCUUUAUUCUUGACAACUCUCUUAGCCUUUCUUUUCCUAAAAUCACUAUUCAAACGAACCACCACUAUUCCCGAACUUAAUCUACCACCGUCUCCAUGGCAACUUCCGGUGAUAGGAAACCUUCACCAUCUCAGUCUCCAUCCUCACCGCGCUUUCCAUUCCCUAAGCCUUCGCUACGGACCGCUCAUGCUCCUUCACUUUGGCCGUGUCCCUGUUCUAGUGGUCUCCUCAGCCGACGGAGCUUAUGACGUCAUGAAAACGCACGACCUUAAGUUUGCUAACCGCCCGAAAACGAAAGCGAUUGAUAUCAUUAUGAACGGUGGACGGGAUGUGGCCUUUUCCUGUUACGGUGAAUAUUGGAGACAGAUGAAGAGUUUAUGCACUGUCCAUCUACUCGGCAAGCAAAUGGUGAAGUCUUUUGAGAAUGUAAGAAAAGAAGAGAUAAGUGCAAUGAUGGAGAAGCUUGAGAAAGCAAGUUCUUCUUCUUUAUCGGUAAACCUAAGCGAUUUACUCCUUAACAUGUCAAACAAUGUGAUAUGUAAAAUUGCUAUGGGAAGAAAAUAUAGCCGUGAAGAAAGCACUAGCGAUUUUGAAAAUCAACUGAGAAAAAUCAUGGAGCUUUUAGGCGCAUUUCCAGUCGGAGAUUACAUCCCAUGUUUGGCUUGGAUAGAUAAAGUCCGUGGUUUGGACCGUAAAAUGGAGGAAGUAAGCAAAACGUUUGUGGAGUUUCUAGAAAGAGUGGUGCAAGAACAUGUAGAUGAAGCUGAGAAUAAAGAGGCAUCUGAUUUUGUUGAUAUGCUGUUACGUAUUCAAAGAGAGAAGACAAAUGGAUUCGAGCUUCAUAGAAGCGAUAUCAGACUCAUCAUUUUGGAUAUAUUCUUGGGGGGGACGACAACAACUUUCACGGCGGUCGAUUGGGCAAUGACACUUCUUAUAAGACAUCCAGAAUCAAUGAAGAAACUUCAAGCUGAAAUCCGAAAAUAUUCGAGAAAUAAGUUAUAUAUAUCGGAAGAGGAAGUUGAGAAUAUGAAAUACCUUAAAGCUGUGAUCAAAGAAGUCCUUCGACUACACCCCCCGGGUCCAAUAUUAAUUCCGAGACAACUUAGUCAAGAUGUCAAAGUGAAGGGAUAUGACAUUUCGGCUGGAACAAUAGUAAUCGUCAAUGCUUGGGCGAUCCAUCGAGACACCCAAAAAUGGGGAUUAGAUGCAGAAGCAUUUAAACCUGAGAGGCAUUUGGAUAUGCAUUUGAAAUUUCUAGGACAGGAUUUCAACUUCAUUCCAUUCGGAUCGGGAAGAAGGCUAUGUCCUGGUAUAGAUUUUGCAGUGACGUUAAUUGAGGUUGCACUGGCAAACUUAGUGAACCGGUUUAACUGGAGAGUCGAGAGUAGACCACUUGGAGAUGAUGAUCAGUAUUAUCUAGCUGAAACAACCGGUAUUGAAGUUUGCCGCAAGUUCCCUUUAAUUGCCUUCCCAUCUUCAGCUUUAUCCACUAUGUAGGGUGCACAACUAGAAUCAACGUCAUUUGAUAGUUCACAAACCUCCAAUAACCCAUCAGAUGAUGUUUCUGCGCAAUAAUUUUGUGGCCAUUCCGUGAUUUCAUUUGCGGAUUGUUGCUUUUUCCCGUUCGUGGUAAUUAUGUUACUUUUCUUUAUGUAGUAGUCACGGAUUUUCAGUGGCCAUUUGGUGACUAUGUCGUGACUAUAUAGGAUGUGUGUUUUUACUAGUGUCUAGUAUCCAUUAAUAUGUAAGGUGCAACGAGAGUCAACGUAACAUCAUUUGAUAGUUCACAAACCUCUCAUGACCCAUCAAAUGAUGUUUACAUAUAUAUUCAAUGUUCAUAGAAGCUUAAGCUGAUUUUCAUCACACUAGUGCUUUUGUUCCGUA